AUGGUUAAGCUGAAUGAUAAGGAGAAAGUUAGUAUUGGGCGCUUCUUAAGCUUGAUUUUGCGUCACAAACCGGCAGCAGCAAACAUUACUUUGGAUAACAAUGGUUGGGCAAAUGUUGAUGAACUUCUUACUGGUGUUAGAAAAACUGGAAGGAAAUUAGAUUUAGAGGCACUGAAUCAGAUUGUAGCUGAUGACAGCAAACGACGUUUUAUUUUUAGCGAAGAUCAUAGUAAAAUACGAGCAAGUCAGGGACACUCUGUGAACGUUGAUGUUGAGCUCAAGGAGGCAGUUCCUCCUCAGUGGCUUUAUCAUGGUACUGCACGGAGAUCCUUGGAUAGUAUCAUGGAACAUGGCCUGCAAAAGCGCAGCCGUCUUUUUGUGCAUCUUUCUGCGGAUACUGUGACUGCAGAAGCGGUGGGUAAACGACAUGGCCCAGCCGUUGUGCUUCAGAUCGAUACAUCGACGAUGCACGCGGACGGUUACAAGUUUUACCUGUCGGAGAACGACGUCUGGCUUUGUGACUGUGUUCCUAAGAAAUAUAUUGUUCCUAUAUAA